AUGUCAUGGAUCAAAGCUUCUCCGUCUGCACCGUCGUCAAAGGACUCGCUGCUUUCCAAGUCGGCCCACAGCUCGUCCACCAACCUGGCCUCUCCAUCUACACGAAAUGGCUCCCAGCAGCCACAGAUUACACGAUUCUUGGCAUCAGGAACUGUUUACGUGACCCAUACGAUCUCUGUCCCCGGUUCCGUCGUUCAGCCCCCAUCCGCGCCGUUAAUUACAUCCAGUGAGGCCCCAGAGAGUUUCCCUGUCGUCACAAAUGUCCGUGCAAACAAAGUAUAUUCUCAGCGAGGCGGUGCAGCCAUCAAUGUGCUCUCCAUUUUGGCCCAGUUUGGGUCCAGUGGCAGAACGCCAUCAACCGUCUAUCGUAAACCCGCUCUCGAGUGUGCUCUCAUCUCUCCCAUGGGAACAGACGCCACAGGCCGCGCACUCCUUCACGAACUCGAGGCAGAGGGCAUCCGGACGCGCUUUUGCAAGUUGCAUCCUGCUGGGAUCCCCGUCGCGUUUGUACUACGAAGCGACGAGUCGUCCUCGCGAACAGUCAUCAAUCAUAAUCCACUCCCGGAACUCAGCCAUGAGGAUUUUAUCUCGAUACUGGGCCCUAUCCUCGUGCCCGAGCAUUACCAGGGUCUCCAACUCUCCCAUCACUGGCACCCUCACCCCAGCCUUCCGCAGACGCCGCCGGUUCACGCCGUGUACGGUCCUGGUCCCGGUGUACCUCCUGUCAUCGCACCAGCAAACCCCGCCGGCGGUGUGAGCGGUGCAAUGGCCCCUCAACCAGUCGCCCUCCCAAAUCAACCGCUCCCGCCAACGACACCCGGCCUCCCCUUUAACCCCCCAUUCACCGUCUUUCAUAUCACCGGUCGAUCCCAUCAGGCAGAUGCCAUUUCCCUCCUCAACCUCACUGGUGUCGAUGGCCUCGCACGGGACCGUUUCUGGCGCGACAAGGCGACAUUUAGUCUAGACUGCACGGCGCCUGUGCCUAAUGAACAGGCGAGAAUCGCGAGGGAACAGCUAUUCAAACAUGUGGACGUCAUCUUCUUCUCUAAAUCCUAUGCUCUCUCGGUCAACCCGACCACACCUGCCCACAAGCUGACGCCUCGGGCGUUUUUGCUCUCCCAAGCCCAGCUCGUCGCUCCACAUGCCCUUUUACUCGUACACUGGGAUCACGACGGCGGAGCGCUGCUGAGUGUACCCACGCCAAUUGCAUCAGCGCCAGUAACUGUAUCUUCUAUGCCGGCUCAAGCGGCGCCUCCCGUGCACCCACCCACCGAUGUGCGACCGGAAACCCAGCUCUCGCUUGGAUCCGAGGAUCCGCGGUACAAAGAGUUUAGUACCAUGUCCACCGUCACUGGCGCCCGCGCACUAGGAAACCACCAUUCGAACACGCGCUCGUUACCAGACUGGUCUAACGCCGCUCCUCUCUCGCCUACGACGACUGACGACCACCACCGCGCGACUCCUCAGAGUGUGAUCGAUAUACGAAAUGAUCCCAUUGCGCCAAACGUUGGAGAGGGGAACAUGUUUGAUUACGGCUUUACAGCAGACGCGUUUGAAAAUGUGACGCCCGAUUCGAGCUGGGACUAUCGCGCGAAUCGGACGGCGGUCAUUUAUGAUUCUGGAGACGAGUCCGAGUCGGACCCAGCCAUCUUACGAGGUGGAGCCGGUCGUGGAUUGGGACUGCAGACGGACAUGCGCAUGGGUGUCGGGCCAAGUGCUGUUCUCAUCAGCGAGGGGAUUGCGCUUUCUCCUUCGGAUAUCGAUUCGGACCUGGAUGUCGCGAUUGCUGCGGGUGCGAGUCGGUUUGUGAUGGAGGAACGUAUGCGGAGGGUGUAUGGGCCGAUGGAACAUGAUCCUGUCGAAUCUGACAUUCUUGAUCUUGAUUCUCUCGAGCAGCAUGCGCCUGUGCAUGGUGAGGAUGACCUUGAAGAGGAUUCGGACGCGACGGAGAGCGGCCAGGGACACAUCGCGCGCCCUCCGGGACCGACGAGGAUAGGCAAGUUGAAAAAGGAAAAGAUGCGUCUCAAGGAGGAGCAAGCGUUGGAGCUUGUGAGGAACGAGUUGGAGGAGGAAGAGCGUGCGUUUGGGCAAUUGGAGGAGAUGGACAAAGAAGAUUCAAAGAGUGUUGUGAGCGAGGCUCCAAAAGUUUCCAAGCCUCUUCCUCCACUUCCCCUCGGCGUCGUCGAAGCGUGGCAGGCUGGGCUCCUCUUUGCGUUGACAAGGCACGUCCUUCCUGGCAAACCAUAUUGUCCCAAUAUCCCACCGCCGCGAAACGCCAGCAAGGCUGAGCAAUCGAAGGCCAAAAAGCCCGACAUUCUAGACUCUGAUUGGGCCUGGAAAUGGAGACUGGAUGAAUGCCUCCGGUUUGCAGCCGAAGUUGCUGGCCGUCGUGCGCUCAAAGGUACUCCAGAAGGACUUGCACGUGACAUGGAGGAGAGUGGAUGGUUUUCAUAA